ACUGCACUAUAAUUUUUGUUUUAAAGCAAGAUUAUUACAAACACAUUAUUCAGACAAUUUAAUCGACAUUCCGCAAUGUGAACACGCAGUAUCGCUGAAUGUGGCUUAUGGCGAAUUGCAAACAAACACUGUGUUUAAAACGAAUGUCUUUUGGAUGUCGCGUCUUGGUGUUGUGAAGGAACAGUUUUACCGUGAACAAUGAGUGGCUUUGAACGAGAUCCGAAUAAGCGGCGUGUGAAACCUGUCGACACAACUCAGCAAUCACUGUUGGAUUUUGAUCUCGGCGAGAGCUCCGAUGACAGUGAUUUUCGAAUAGAAGAUCACUGUGAAGAAAGUGAUGACGAUUCUAUUGACUCAGAUGACGACGGAGGAGGGAAAGAUGACGACGACGAUGACGACGAAGAUAACGGAGAGGAUUCUGACGAUUCGGAAGGAGGGCAGAAGAAUGACACUAUGUCAGAGGGAGUCACCAUCGGUGACGUCAUAGAGAGGGCGAAGCAGAGGCAGGCUGAUGGAAAACAGUUUGAUGCCAAAGACGCUCUGAAAAUACUCAUCUGCUGUGGCUGCCUCGGUGACCGGAGUGAUGACGCCAACGAAAUUGUGGAGUGUGAUGGUUGCGGCGUGACUGUUCAUGAAGGCUGCUACGGAGUGUCAGAUGCGGCGAGCGUCUCCAGUACAGUGUCCUCCUGCUCGACGGAGCCCUGGUUCUGCGAGGCGUGCCGCGCUGGCGUCGUCGACCCUAUCUGCGAGCUGUGCCCAAACUCAGGUGGCAUCUUCAAAGAGACGGACGUCGGGAAGUGGGUGCACCUGGUGUGCGCCCUGUACGUGCCCGGGGUCGCGUUCGGCGAGGUGGACCGGCUGUCGAGUGUGACGCUGUUCGAGAUGCCGUACAGCAAGUGGGGUGCUCGGGCCUGCUGCCUGUGCGAGGACGACCGCUUCGCCCGCACCGGCGUCUGCAUCGGUUGCGAUGCCGGCAUGUGCCGCCAGUAUUUCCACGUCACCUGCGCCCAGAGAGAAGGUCUGCUGUCAGAAGCACAUUCCGAAGAGGUCGACCAGGCAGACCCGUUCUACGCCCACUGCAAGAUGCACACUGACAAGAUGUUGAUGAGGCGGCGGCGCAGGAAUUGGCUGGCCCUGCAGCUGCGCACGCAGCAGCGCCACCUGGAGCAGGAGAAGCAGACGCAGGCGACGGCCGAGCAGCAGCGCACGCAGCGCAAGCUCGCCAAGUACCGCUCCAAGUACCUGCAGCACAAGAGCACGCGCAUCCCGCCCUGGGUACCCACACAGAAGAUGCCUCGCCUGCUGACGACGAGUGCGUCGGCGGUCCGCCGGCUGCUGCAGAAGGCCGAACUGAUGGGAGUGGACACGCGGGCGCUCGAGCUGCAAGAGGCGCAGGUGGCGGCACUCGUCGACGUCCGCAAGAAGUGGCACAUCCCUCCAGCUUUCAGUGUGGAGUUCAUCGGCUACUACCUGGACCGCAACGUGAGGCUGACGUCGAUGAAGCACCGCCUGGAGGAACUGCUGGACCUGAACAAGGAGCUGCAGGCGGAGCAGCAGGACUGGCGCCACAAGUACGACAAGCUCGUGAAGGAGAACGCGGAGCUGAGCCGUAUCAACGUGGGGCUGAAGCAGGCGAUCCACAAGUACCACUCGUUCCUGCUGCUGGUGUGCCCCGACAAGGGCCUGCCCUCGGUGGACGAGAUGGAGAAGCGGGCGCUGCCUCCGCCGGUGCCGGCCCCGGGUAAGGGCGGGCGCGGCCCCGUCCCCCCGGACGCCACCGCCCGUGCCGUACAGCCGCACCGCUCCCAGCACCACGCGCGCGAGGGCGGCGGCAGCCUGCCGCUGAACGAGUGUGGAACGUGCCGGCAGACGACGGACCAGCACCUGCUGGCCAAGUGCGACACGUGCCACCUGUUCUACCACCUGGGCUGUCUCAACCCGCCCCUCACCCGCAUGCCCAAGAAGACCAAACUCAUGGGCUGGCAGUGCUCAGAGUGUGACAAGGAGUCUUCCGGUUCGGAGGUGGAGUGUGUGGACACGGACGCUCCUCGCAAGCUGCGCCACAAGGACGCGUCGGGAGGCAGCUCCGGCGGCCGUCAGUCGUCCGCAGAGCCCGGUGCCGGCUCUUCUGACCCGCAGAUCACUCCCAAGGUGACGAUCAAGCCGCUGGAUCCCCAGCUGUACGAGGCGGCUGAGGUGGCGGCGGCAGACGGGGAGGGGGCAGACGGCGGCAGCACCGCGGUGCCCUCGGGACGGACGGGGAAGAAGCGCCGCCGCGAGAAGCACCACCGCUACUCGCCCGACGGGGAGCCGCGCGAGCACAAGCGGAAACGCAAGCGCAAGAGCUUCGAGAUGGACAACCCGGACCAGCCGUCGCCGCCGCUCGCCCAGGGGGAGGCGCCCCGCAUCAAAAUAAAGAUCAAACCGAUUCCGCUGCCGCCGGGAGAGGUGGCCUCUCCGACAGGUGCACAGCAGAUGUUCGUGGCGACGUCGAGCACGGAGACGUUCGCAGUGACGUCCCCCCCGCAACCGACGGUCGCCGCCAUUGUGGCUCACCAGCAGGCCGAGGUGCAGCGGCGCUCCAGUGGGGCGAGCAGCGUCACGGGCAGUGGCGGGACCGGCCCCGGCUCCGCAAACAGGAGGGGCCGCGGCGACGCCGACGUCAUGACACGCUGUGACGUGUGCGGCGGGCCAGGCAGCAACCAGAACCUCGUCAGAUGUGACGAGUGCCUCAAGUGUUUCCAUUUCACGUGCUUGGACCCGCCGGUGAAGAAGUCACCGAAGAGGCGCGGGUACUCUUGGCACUGUGCCGAUUGUGACCCGACGGAAACUGAUUCAGACAACUAGUACUGAGAGGGAACUUUUUUUUUUUUUUUUUUUUUUAAGCUCAAUGGCAUUUAUAUCUUAUCUUAUUCUUUUUCUUAAUUCAUAAUUUGUAUGUGAACAAAUUAAGUGUGAUAGAGUAUUUAUAUCUUAUUCUUUUCCUUAAUUCAUAAUUUGUAUGUGAACAAAUUGAGUGUGAGAGAGCAUUUAUAUCUUAUCUUUUCCUUAAUUCAUAGUUGGUAUGUGAACAAAUUGAGUGUGAGAGAGGAAAUCUAUGCAGAAGCUUUCUUCCAGUUGAGGAAAUCUAUGCAGAAGCUUUCUUCCAGUAGUGUAUUUUCACAGGUGCAGGCAGCUGCCUGCUCCUUUUCUUCCCUUUGAAUGUAAUUGUUUGACACACAAUCAGCUGAUACAGCUGCUACAAACUUCCUAGACCAUAGUGGUUCUUUUGUAUUACUUUCUUUUUAAACCAGUAUUGUAAUGGUAUAAUAAACUACU